AUGGCGCCCACCGUUCUUGGAACAGUUGCAUCAACUCGCACCCAAAGAGUCCUACUCACACUGGAAGAGCUCGGUAUUGAGUAUGACUUCAAAGUUGUAGACCUCUCCAAGGGACAGCACCACAAUCCUGAGUAUGUCAGAGACCACCAUCCAUUCGCCAAGGUUCCAGUGUUCCAAGAUGAUGGAAUCGAGAUUUUUGAGUCUAGAGCCAUUGCUAGAUACCUGGCUGUGAAGCAAAAGUCCCAUCUUGCUCCGCCCAGCGAUGAUCCGGAAGCUUUGGCGGCUUUUGAGCAAGCUGCUAGCGUGGAAUAUGCUUAUUUUGAGCCUGCUGUCUCUGCCCUUGGAUUUGAGCUCAUUUUUAAGAAGAUGUUUAACCUCGGAAACACCGAUCAAGCGAUAGUUGACCAACAGAAGGCUUUGCUCAACACCACGCUUGACUACUAUGAGAAGAAACUCGAGGCUCAACAGUAUCUGGCUGGAAAGGACUAUAGCCUCGUUGAUCUCUUUCAUGUCCCCUGGUUAGGAUUUAUUAGGAACCGCUUGCAACUUGGAGAGUUGAUCGACUCUAGGAAGAAUGUGGCGGCAUGGGCCGAACGCAUAAGCCAGCGUGACGCAUCAAAGGCUGUUUCGGCAAAGGCCGUGCAGCAUUAG